AUGAAUCAGUAUAAUAAUAAUGAAAUUUUUAAUCCCAUGUAUAAGGAUGACGAAGUUGACAACAAAUCUUUUAAGAAUUUACCAAUGGAUAUUAAAAAUCAAAUCAACGAAAAAAUAGAUGAAAACUUAUCAAAUCACCAUCCAAGUGUAUCAGGUAGUUCAUCAAACAAUUCAUCAAAUGUACCAUCCACCGUAGCAACAAAUUUACAUUCAAAUAAAUUGAAUAUCGAUAGCAAAAGAAAGAAAAUAAAUUUCAAGAAACAAAGAUCAAGAUCUUUACCAAUCAUAAAUUUCAAAACCAAUGAAAAGAAAUUAAUCAUACCUUUAAUACCACCUAUUAACAUUAAUUCAUUAAAAGAGAUUGACCUCAAUGAAAUUUUAAAGAAUCCUCAAUUAAGACAUGAUAUCUUAUUCGAUCCACAAUUACAAUUUAGACCUAAUUUAGAUGGUGAAAGAGGAAAAAGAAAAAGAUCAAUCAUUGAUAAGUACUGGAAUGAAAUCUAUCAUGAAUGUUUGCAAUUUUUCCCAGAAAAUACCGUUAGUAAACCUAAAUUAAUUAGAUUACCAAACUUGUUCAGAACUUUAAAGGAAAUCUUGUUAACUAUUUUACCAAAUAAUAAUGAUAAAAAUUUGAUCAAUGAAAUCUUAGAUAUUGAUUUCAUUAUUCAACAAUUAAAUUUCAAGAAUUUUAACUUUUUAAGGUUAUCCAACAUUUUAUUCCAAAUUUUUAAAACUCAUUGUGCACCUAUAAGAGAUGAUUUAGUUAAUUCCAUGAAUAAAACUUUCAUCGAUUCAAGCAAUUUAGGUGAUUGUCAAAUGUUAAUUCAAGGUUUGAAAAAAAUCUUCCAAAUCUUAGAAUGUAUGAAAUUAGACAUUGCUAAUCAUCAAAUAAGAUUAUUAAGACCUGUUUUGAUUGAAACUGCUAUUGAUUUCGAAAAAGAUUAUUACAAUCAGUUAAUCAAUUUAAAAAAAUUCAACAUCAACGAUUCAAUCAACUGGUUUAAUUUAAUCUACAAAAAAUAUGAAGAUACUUUAAAUUUCGAAAAAAUCAAUAAUGAUAAUUUGAAAAUCGUAUUAGCUCACGGAAUCUGUGAAUUAUUAUCAUGUCAAAAAAUGAUUACUUCAUUCCCUCCUUCAUUAACUUUUGAUCAUACCAGAUUAAUUUUAUUGAGAGCUGAUAUUAGACAAAUUAUUGUUUUGAAAUUAUGUAUUAUUUUAUUCCAAAAUUUGGUUAAAUCAAACAAUUUGAAUACCAAUUUGUUAUCUCAAGCUAAUUUAGAAGUCAUUAAACAAGAAAUUUUAUCCAUUGUAACUGAUAAUAAUGGUAAUGUUAAAUGGACCAAAAAUAUGAAUAAUAUUUCUUUACAAUUAGUUAAAAACUUGAAUUUGGAACCUAAUAGUACAAUUGAUACUAAUAAAUUAUUAGAAUUUUCAAAUAAUUGGUUAAAUGGUCAAAUCUCACCAAGUUCAAAGGUUUAUGAAUUAAUGGAAAAUCAAUUUUUCAAGAAAUUACUUAUUGAUUUAAUUCCUUCAUUGAAUAGUGGUAAAAAGGAUGGAAUCUUGGGUAGAUUAAUUACUUUAGUUAAUUUCAAUUGGGAUGUUUUCGGUGACUACUACAGUAAAAUCUUGGAAAAUUGA